AAUCCAAUGUGUAUAGAACAGAAUAACUGAAGUAGUAAAGUUAGUAAUAAGAAUCUCCAACCUGACAAAUAAAUAAUUAGAAUGUCGUCAGAUAUCAUAGCAGCUCUUCAUCUAGAGAGAGAGACAUUAGGGAGUGUUAUUGUAGCGAAGGAGAUAAACAACUGUGACAGUUCUUUUAUCAUAAGCUGUGUCCUUGGCCACUGUAUCAAGAACAGAAAUGCUGUUAUACUUAUUUCAACACAUGAUUCAAUGGCACAUUAUCAAUAUGUUGGUUCUAAGAUGAAUUACAAUUUGGAGGGGCACAUGGAGUUAGGGCUUAUAUCAUUUUUUGAUUUAGGUGAAGAAUGUAUUAACAUAUUGUUAAAGAAGGACAAUAACUCCAUACAAUAUCUAAUUUCAAAACUGAAUGAGAGAAUACUCAAAAUUACAGAGAAAUAUGACAAAGUUAAUAUAAUUUUGGAUGGUGUGUCCCAUUUAUUUGAUAUGGAUUUCAAUUUAAAAUCAGUUAAUCAUAUGUGUAAUGAACUUGUGAACCUUUCUAGAAAGUAUAGUUCAUUUAUAUUGUUUCAUUGUAAUGUUGCCAGUGAUGAUGAUGUUACAAAUGUAAUGGCCAAUCUAUUAUCCCACAAGGCACACAUUCUAUUAGAAGUAGAAAGUUUAAAGUCAGGUUGGAGUGCUGAUGCUACAGGUCAUCUGACAAUAAAAUAUAUUGGACAAAAAUUUAACAUCAAACACAUGUAUACCAUGGAAUUGAAAGCAUCUCAUUAUUUGUUUAAAUUAUUUGAUAGAGGUGUUAAGUUAUUUGCUCCUGGCACUGUAUAAAUUGAAUAUAAAUAUUACAAAAUUU